UGCCCAUAAGCAAAACUAGAGAAUUAAAUUUCAUCCUAGACUGCGUGACAUAACACAUGUAAACAAUACAUUUCAUUUUAAUUAUAGUCACACAAAGUAGAGUUUAUCAGAGUUCAUCUGAAGCAAAGUGUUCUUUCUCGAGCAUACUUUCAAGCGUUGCAAAGAAGCCCUCUCGAUGUUUUGUUGUAGAGUUGCCUUGAAUCUCAGCCAAUACAUGCUACUGGAUGGUAUAUAUAGUCCUUCUACACUGUCUGGCACCAGUGUCUAAACAGUGAGCUGUCCUGUACUAAUAUUUCUUCUGAUUGACUCUCCUUGAUAAAAAUAGCUCUCCCUGAUCAUACUGCUGUGAACCCUAACUCUGUUGAACUUAACUACUUUAAUUCAUGUAUAUGUUAAGUUUAAAAUGUCUGGAGCCAGUGAAGGGAAAAAGGAUAGUUUUAAACAAAUUUCCUUUCUUCUUUUUUAACAUUUUAAUGUUUUAAACUAUUCUAUAGGAAAUAUAAGAGCCUAUAAAACAGGGAGUAUCUUUUGUCAGCAAGCCAACGUUUAAGAAAGAGAUGUGGUUCAGUAUAUUUUUUGAAAGCAGACCGAAUACACUUCCACAUGUUCUUUUGUACAAAAGUCAUUAACCUUUUCGUUCGAAACUGUCAACAGAAAACUAUAUGAAACUUGUAAGGAAAGAAUGAAAUUUCACAUUUAUUUCGGGUGAAAUUUUGCAGUUUUUCUCAGAAACUUCUCUUCACUGGCAACCCGACAUAAAAAAUUAAAACAUGUUUGCUAGAAAGGAAGACCACGUGCGAGAUGGAAAACACUGCGACCUGUGUGGGUGCACCAACCCUGCCGUGCGUUGCGACAAGUGCAACAGCCAAGUCUUCUGCCUGUCGUGUGACGACAUGUACCACCGUCAUCCAAAACGCCGAUUGCACCUGCGCAAGGCCGUGGACAGUUUCAAUCCGAAACUUUCUUCCGCCCGACCGGUGACGCCCAAUAAACCUCCUCCCGGUGAUCCCUCCAAGAUGCCGAUACCCCCACCGAGAAAGAAGAAACCCAAGAAUUUCUUCGGGACUUUGAUGAGAGGGUCUUCGCCUAAUGAAAGUCCCAUACUUCCUAAGAAGGAAUUUUCGUGGAUGGAUAAAUUCGGUACCAUAAAGAGGUUUAUGAGCAACAGACCCCUACCACCGCUUCCUGCAGAGUCGUCUCCUUCACCCGAACCGGCAUUUCCUGUUGGAACGAUAUACCAGAACGUGCCGGACAGAUUAGAUGGCACUCAACCGCCGUUACCGAGGAUCGCUUUGCCACGUCGUCACAGCAACCCGUCGUUCGCGAACGGGACUCAUCACUUGAACGGCACGGGUCCUCACCACUUGACGGAUUCGGAACAGGACGAACGACCGAUACCCCCGCCCAAACAGAACCAGUUUACGUCACAGUUGUCGAACAACGACGAACAAUUGGGAAUUAACAGAGCAAGAGGAAAUAGUGUCGGGGAACCGGGAAAAUGGGGACAAGGUUCCAAAAUUCUUCCAGAUUCUCCGACUCUGCCAAUGGAGUAUCCAAUUGGGGAUAAACACGUUAUGAAUCAUCCUGGAAUGAUGCCUAAUUAUGCUACGUUCAGGAGGCUUUCGCCGCAUGCGGGAUUAAUCAAGUCAAGAAGCCCUUCUCCGUCUCCUACUCACGAAGGUGGCUCUUCCAUGCAUCAAAGCUCGAGUUUGACGGAUCUAAACAGUUUGCCGGCAACACCCGGGCCGUAUCCUUAUUAUCCUCAUCAUCCUCAUCAGCCGUUUCUGCCCAUGUUUCCGGCCCAUUCUUACGCUCAUCUCAACUGUCCUCAGUGCUACGUGGGCCCAUGGCCACCUUCUGCCGACAACUGCGAAUACUGCAACUCUUCUAACGACCCCAAGCACAAGCACGCGCACCACUCUGCUGGUAACAGAGUGAAACGAAGUCAGAGUGUUAUGUACGACAAUAUGAAUAACCCCAUGCCGUAUUUUCCGUUCGCUCCCGGGUAUGGACCCUUCUAUCCUCACGGGCACCACUUUGAGACCCCGCCUUCACCCACGAGUUCUGCCAGAUCGCUUCAGAAUGCAAAUCGUCAAAGAAGAAAGCACAACACGGAUGACAACGCGUCGGUCGCAAGUUCGAAUCGUAGCAGAGGGAAAUCCACGUCUUCGGGACAACAGAAGUCUGUAGACAAUGAAUCCAUGGAAAUUAGUUCGGAGGAAGAAGAAGAUGACGAAGAGGAGGAGGAGGAAGAAAUAGAUAAUAAGAAAAAAAGUGGCAUAAAUCAAAAUUCAGGAGUAAAAGUGGGAGAAAGAAAUGCCGCAUCGCCGCAGCCUGGUAACUCUCUGAAGCCCUGGACCCCUAACGAAUCGUGGUCGUGCGAAUACUGUACUUACAUCAAUCCUCCCGGAGUUCGAAUCUGUACCAUAUGCUGCAAGACCAUUACGGUCAUGGGUUCGACGAGUAAAAACGUGCAGGAAGGAGAUUUAUUGGAAUCGGAAGGCGCGGAAAGCGCUCCGUUAUCCAACCAUGCCGAUUUGGCCGCCGAGAGUAACGUUACGCAACUGACGUCGGCUCUAGACGAAGCCGAAAAGGAAAUGAAUAAAGAAUUAAACGAAUUAAUGAAAGUGAAGGAUGAGAGCCAAGAGGAGGGGAAAGUGAAAGAGGAAAUUGAGGAAACGAAAAACGAAACUGUUGAGGCACAAACACAGAAAAUUCAAUAUUGCGAGAUAGCCAUCGGCACGGAUACUUUGCCAGAGCCUACGGAAAACGGAAGUGUCCACGUGAACACGAGCGAACACUACGUAACAGAGGCUUCCACAACCGCAACUACGACCCUGAACAACGUGAAACGGAGAGACUCUUCGUGUCAAACUUACGACAACGUAACACUAGCGGCUGACAUGGACAAUAAAUUAGACGUGCCACACGUACCUCCGUUGACAAACGGAUAUAACGGGCACGCAGAAACGAGGACGGUGUCGUUGGGAACGUCUCCCCCGAAUUAUCAGAAGGAAGAUGGAAUGUCCCCGCAGUUUUAUCCGGAGAGGAGCAAUCUCGCGGGUAUGAGGCGCUCCCUGUCUCGUCUUUCGUUAAAUUACGGGCCCAGACAAUCGGAAUUUCGGCAGCAGCAGUACCAGAGUCAAGAUUGGUUGGGUUACGGAGAACCGUUAUAUAGAAGUGUUAGCCAGUCCUCGUUGACGGGUGAUUCGGAUAUAUGGAGUCCUGAUUUACGAAGGAAAAAACCGGAUUAUUAUUUGAGUAUCGAAGAGUUGGUGGAGAGGCGUCGACAGGAGGCAAUGAGAGCCCAAGGAUUAGAAAUUGUUCGCAUGAUUCGAGAAGCUGAACAAAAAGGAUUUACCGCCGACGAUUUGCAAAUAGCUCUAAAUAAUUGUGGCAAAUCAAAUCCAGUGGAGUGGUUAGAAAAUAAUUGGAAGAAUAUGGUAAAAACUGUAGUUACUCUGGCUACUAAUUACGGUCACGACAAGAAAGAAAACGAUAUUGGCAUUGUCUCGUCCAACGAAGCGAGGGAAGCAUUAAAAAUCCACAAAGGAAACAUUUGGGCUGCGGUUACGGAAUGUGUAGAAAGCAGACAGAGGAAAUUCUUGGAGUUAUCGGCGCGGGGUAAUUUCAGUCGCAAAGAAGUCAUCGGUGCCUUAACCUCCAACGAAGGAAACGUCGAGUUAGCUUACACCGAACUAACUAAAGCCACCCUGAAACCAUUCUUAAUGAGGAUCUGGGGUCAAGGUUCGGGUGCAGAAAACGAAAGCGGUGUUGUAUUACGUCAACACAAGUCCGAAACGAGAAAUUUUUAUAAUGAAAAUAUGAAAACCAAUUCCAUAUACGAUAAUUUCCCUCAUAAAGAUGAUUAUGAUCUAGAAUUGGACGAUUACGGCUGGAAUGAUGGAGUGAGCGAUGCAUCUUUUCGUGAAUACGACAGUAAACUGGACAGUCGUAGUAACGACGACGAUUACGAAUACGAAAACAGCUACGAUUAUCCAGAAUCUAAUUAUAAGUACGACAAAAAGGGUAAUUUGGUACCACGUCAUCAAAACGUCGGCGAUUUUCGUGCGGAUUAUAAUGAGGUUUUGGAUUUAAGUCAGCAGACGAAAGUCGUAGAUAACGACGGUAAGAAGGAAGAAAGUAAGAAGAACCGAUCGUCGGGAUUCCUAAGCAAGUUGGUUUCGUUAAAGAAAACCAACAAGGACCAGACGAAACCCGAAGUCGCCACCAACGUCGUUGAAAAUUAUAAAGAGGAAGAUGGUAGCAAGACAGAUUCAAAGAAGUUACAAGCGGCAUCUAAUGAAAAUGUAAGCAAACAGAAAGUUAAAAGCGAAGAUACAACAAGUAGGGAUGAAGAUAAUACGAAAUCGGUAGGAAAUUUGGCAACAGAUGGUAAUUCGGAGCCAUCAUCAACGGCAUCCAGUCAAGUAAACGAAGUGAAGAAAGCUUCGAUGAAAGCAAAUUCAUCUUUUUCUAAUCUCCUGAAGCAUUUCUCGUCGGAUAAAUCAGUUUCUUCUAAAGCAGAAAGUGAAAGUUCCCCGUCGAAAAACUCCACUAAGGAUAAGAGUUUAACUUCUAAAGAAAUUCCGGACGUAACAGAAAGAAAUUCUAGUAAAUCCGCACAUAAAGAGGAGGAAAAAAGCGUAGAGAAGUCGGAAGAAACGGAGAAUGCCACAAAAUCCGAGGAAAUUCGGGAAAAUAUCGAUAGCAAAAAUACUAUGAAAGCAAAUUUGGAAACAGAGAAAAUAUCGAGUAACUUAGAAAACAAAGAUAAAGAAGAAGUUAAAGAAAUAAAAAGCGCAACGGGUGCCAUAUCCAAGAAUACCAAAAGAUCGGAGACUUCGAUGAUCGGAAAAACGAUCGGAAAGUUUAAUUUCAUGAGCGCAAAGUCUACGGUGGACAAGAAGAGUCCCGAAAUUACAAGAACGAUAAAGAAACAAACGGAAAAUACACCUCUGAAUCAGAACAAAAUCAAAGAAAAGUCCAUUCAACCCGUUAAGGAUCAGGAUUCUCGAAGCGAAUCGCCGAGCAGUCUGAGUCCAACUCCUCUUGAGGACAUUGCAAAUAUAAACAGCAAGGACAAAGAAACCAUCAAGACUAACAAGGAGGAAAGUAAGAGCGUGGACGUUAAAACCGAAAGGAUGGGUUCGCCCUUAGGCAAAAGGAAUAUUUUUAAUAGAUUUUCGGGAGAGAAGACGGAAGGGAAGACCCUCGGCAAGAAAGAAACACCAAGUGUAAACGCCGCACCUCCGAAAAAAGAUGAUAUUUUGGGGAAGAAGAGGACUUGGAUGACGUCUUUGCAGAAGCCAAACGAGAAGCAACUGAUCUUCGAGAGGAAAGUAAGAAGACUCCUAGCGGAAGAGAAAUGCGACACGUACGAGAAAGCCGAAAUAGCCGUUAAACUGAUAGAAAUGAACUUCAACGAAGAGGAUGUCAUUCAGGCAAUGAAGGACUGUUCGUCCCUAGAUCAGGCUUUCACUUACUUGCAACAGGAUUGCGAAUUGUGUGUCGGAAUUUAUCCCGCCAGCAAGAUGGUAUCUAUGAUCCAUUGCAUCCACAGGGCAUGCAGAGAUUGCUUAAGGACUUAUUUCACUAUUCAAAUUAGAGACCGAAACAUAAGGGAGCUGAUGUGCCCGUACUGUAACGAACCCGAUUUAGACAACGAAGACAUCGCCAUGGAUUACUUCAAUCAUCUGGACAUCAUGUUAAAGAAACUUAUAGAUCCGGACAUUCACGAGUUAUUUCAACAGAAACUGAGGGAUCGAGUGUUAAUGAAGGAUCCGAACUUUCAUUGGUGUUCUCAGUGCUCGUCGGGAUUUAUAACUGUUCCGGAUUUGACAAAACUAGUGUGCCCCGACUGCAAGGCAGUGACUUGCGCACAGUGCAGAAGAUUGUGGGAGAAGCAACACGAAGGUAUAAGUUGCGAGCAGUUUACUGAAUGGAAGGAGGCAAACGAUCCUGAAGCGCAGGCAGCCGGAUUAGCCAAACAUCUUACGGAUAAUGGAAUAGAUUGCCCCAACUGCAAAUUCCGUUACAGCUUAGCCAAGGGAGGAUGUAUGCACUUCCGGUGCAUUCAGUGCCAGUACGAUUUCUGCAGCGGAUGUGGCAAACCUUUCAAGAUGGGACAGAAAUGUACGGUUUCCGAUUUCUGCGCCAAAUUGGGCCUGCACGCUCACCACCCGCGUAACUGCCUCUUUUACUUGAGAGAUAAAGAACCCGCCGAUCUUCAGAAGUUACUAGACGAGAAUGAUAUAGGUUAUAAUAGAGAACCAUCGGAAGGAACAGAAGUGCAAAACGUAUGCCAAGUAAUGGAGCAAAAAGAGACCCCUCAAGGAAUGAAGGACGAUAUAUGUGGUAAGGAAGUGGAGCAGGAAUACGCAGGACUUUGCAGAAUCCAUUAUGUUGAAUAUUUGGGUAAUUUAGUCAAUAAGUACAACAUAGACCCUCUACCCAUCUUCACAGAGGAUGAUCUGGAAAUGGUGUUGAAGAGGGCCCAGAUACGUCUGCCUUCUAGGCAAAACCACGAAUCUCACCAACAGCAACGUGAGAAGUUGAUAAAGCUGAUUCAAGAAAAACUUCCGUUAGAAGUGCCCGAGGGAAGUUGAUUCCGCAGUCGGGGGACAGGACCGAUUCGUAUUGUGAAACAUCCAAAGGGCAGUUCCCGUUGGAAUCGUUUGGACCGAGACUCGGUCCGGGUCGGAGACGUCGCGGUCGAAGGACAGUUUUUGUAAGUCGAAAUGCAUUUCGGGAAAUCUCUUCUGGCAAGAGACCGUCGUUCUGGCAGAAUGGUAACACGUUUAAGAAAAUAGUAAAUUACGAGAUAUGAUUAUUAUUAUUAUUAAGUAAUACAUAUGAUUGUUAAAUUUUAAAUAACUUUACGCUUGUUCUAAGAAUAUAAAUGGUGUAAUAAAUGUUUGUGAAAUUGUU